AAGAGUCGCGUCCGGUUCGGUUUCCUGUCAGUGCACACACAGGUUUUGAUUCGAGCCGGUAGGUUUGCUGCGCGUAUAGCUAUCAGUCCCCGUCCGAACAUGAAGCAAGUGUGCAUUGUUCUGGCCGUGCUGCUCUGUACGGCAGCCGUCGCGGACGCCAUGGUGUUUACCUACGCGUCCACGUGUGCGAGAUGUAAGAGCAUUGGAGCGCGCUACUGUGGCUACGGGUACGUCAGCCGGAAGGGAGUCUCAUGCGACGGACAGACGGCCAUCAAUAGCUGUGAGGACUGCAAGCGAAGGCUGGGCCGCUGUUCGUCCUCGUUCAUUACGGAGUGCUUCUUGUGAGCGCGUCGAGCCGUCGAAUCACACCGGAAGAAGAAGGUGGCGUCCGUGUGCAGUUUGCCGCUCGCGGAUGGCUGGUUUGAUUUUAACGCUAAGCUUUUAUUAUUUAAAUAUGAGAAAUAAAUCUAUUUUUAUGUAAGCAAA